GUUUCUUGGGGUUCCUAUCUUUCAUUCCAUGGUAGCAAAGUCUCGGGCAUUUAAAUCCGACAUAUAUAUUUUCAUGGAUACUGAAUCUGUUCUCCUGCCUGACUUUAUUUCGGCGUUGAAUUAUGCUCAUAAGCUUGAUAAUGAUUGGCUCCUUUUUGCUUCUUCAAGAAAUGUUUCAAAUUUCCCAUUCUAUCUAGACAAUGACGGGAAACAUUGGCUAAAAGAUGGCAAAAGGAUUAGAAUUCAGGAGUUGCAGGAUAUACUAGGCUCAAGUUUGCAGUGGAAUUGUUGUGACAGUAGAAUGGUGAUAGCAUGGAACAAUGGGGAUAUGCCCUUACAUCAUGGAGUGCUUCCUCCUUUCCUGUAUGGGAAGGGAAUUUACAACCACUGGCUAAUCAACGAGGCAUUGUCUAGUGGAUUAAGGUUCGUGUUUGAUGCCAGUUGGACUAUCUCAAACAUUGCCCUGGACAAUUCACGGCAUUGGUCUAACGGUUUAGUUAAGAGCUCCAAUAUUUCAGAUAUCGGAAAGGGAAGUUGGGAAUAUGAUGGCAAUUCCCAUCUAGCAGCAGUAUAUGGAUCAUCGUCUCUUCACGGAGUUAACUAUUCCGUUGUGAUGAAACUUCUGAAAUGUGAUGGUCAAUACCUUAUUAUUAAUACUACAGAAGAUUUCCUUCAUUCUUGUACCUAUGAAAGGAAGAGCUUAUGGAGAGGAAGCAUCCCAAACUGCUGGAGAUCGAAGAAAACUUUGGCUUGCAUUGCUGGAACUAUAAAGUCGCAGAAUGGAACUUUAAGUCGCUCUUUGAAAUAUCAAAUAGUGCCCACAAAGACAUUAAAGCUUCCCUUUUCCUUAGAAUCACUACUUGCCAUCGUUGCAGACAAGAAUCGGACUGUUGUGCUCACAGUCGCAGGAUAUAGUUAUAAGGACAUGUUAAUGAGUUGGGUCUGCAGAUUGAGGCACCUCAGAAUUACAAACUUUUUGGUUUCUGCACUUGAUUACGAGACCUAUCAGUUCUCCAUAAUGCAGGGUCUUCCCGUCUUCAACGAUCCAUCAGCUCCGAGUAGUAUUAGUUUUAACGAUUGUCACUUUGGAACAGAAUGCUUUCAGAGAGUAACCAAGGUGAAAUCCAGAUUGGUUUUACAGAUUCUGAAGCUAGGGUACAAUGUACUUUUGAGUGAUGUGGAUGUAUACUGGUUUAGAAAUCCUUUGCCAAUACUUUCUUCUUUCGGUCCUGCCACUCUUGCGGCUCAGUCUGAUGAAUACAAUCAAACAGGUCCUGUAAACUUACCGAGACGCUUGAACUCCGGCUUUUACUUUUCCCGUGCUGAUGCCCCCACCAUUGCUGCUAUGGAAAAGGUAGUGAGGCAUGCUGCAACUUCUGGCCUAUCCGAGCAGCCAAGUUUCUACGAUACGUUAUGUGGUGAAGGGGGUUCCUCUCGUGUGGGUGAUAAUAGAUGUGUGGAACCUGAGACAAAUUUGACUGUUCAAUUCUUGGACAGAAACCUUUUCCCAAACGGUGCAUACCUGGGGCUAUGGGAGAGAGAGGACAUAAAAUCAGCCUGCGAGAAUCAGGGUUGUUUUGUUCUCCAUAACAAUUGGAUUAGUGGAAGAGCGAAGAAGCUGGAGCGACAGAUACUAUCGGGUUUAUGGGACUAUGAUAUUGCUACAAGGAUGUGCUUGAUGCCCUCUAAGAAGUAAUUGACUUGAAGUUUCGCAAU